UAAAAGGGUUCAGUUGCUAACUUUGGUCUCCUCACUUCCUGUAUGAUAAUUCUGCAUCAAAACUGGAAUGCACUAAAUAAUCAUACACACACAGCCUAUCUUUGAACAAAGAAAAACACCAUACUGUAAACGAAUGCUUUCUUACCAACAUGACAACUAUAAAAAUGUCAGACGAUUGUUUUAAAUACCUGGUACCACUGGUAGUAAUGUCUUUGGCUUUCAUUUUUCUGCUGACCAUUAACAUUGUGCACUGUGCCAAGAAACAUAGAAAAGAUAAAGAACUGAGAUAUUACAGCCAGUGUACCAUAAGUUUUGAUCAGCAGUGCAGCGAAACAAACCCUAUUUAUGGAAACCUGAAUCAGCCAGUUCUUGAUACUACAGAUGAAUGUUGCUAUGAACCAAUGGCAAUGGCUCAUGCAAGAAACAGGGAGGAAGAUCAGCUGGAAGCUGUGGAACAGACAUGCUAUGCUUCACUAGAUCUUAGCCCCAAAAGGCCUGGGAAAAAGCGAAGAAAGAAACCAAAACAAAUUAGCCAUCAGACUGUGGAAGACAAGCCAGCCAGUAGAAAUGGGCAACUAUUGUCUAGAUCCAGCAUAUACCUGAACAGUGAACAGCUUACGGCGGAAUGCCAAGCUGAAGAGGAUUUGAUCCAUGAUGACCCUGUCAGAAUUUACCACUUAUUACGAAAGACGAGAGACAAUGUGGCUAUAGAAGAUGAAAAUCAAGGUGACUGGCCAGACAAAGAAAUACUCUAAUUUGUGACUUAGUGAGUGGAACUCUGAAUUAUAAACAGUUUAAUCACAGGAGUUUGAAGCAUAUACUACUAUAUUCAAACCAAACUAUACAGUGUAAACUUAAGUCAUGUCACAUAAAGGGGUGUUGCAUUCAUUAAGGGUCCAUGUACACUAGGAGCAGAAAAAAAA